CGCGCACUUCUUCAAGACGUCCGGAGGUGGCAGCUGUGCGCGUGUUGGGAGAGAGGCGACGACACGAGAUUCUAACUCAAACCCGUGGAUUGACUCACUUUGAAAACUCUGUCGCGAGACAGAAAGGCACGCGCAAAUGAUAGGAAAGCGAGGAGCGUUUGGAGUCGAAGCGAAGCUGGAACUGACUGACUGAGUGACUGAGCUGCUUUUCAAAGCGAAACGGAGACGGUACGACAGAGGGCCUUUAGAGACAUAACUGUGACACAGCCGGCUAAUUUCAAAAAGCGCUGCCUUUUGCUCCCUGCAGACAGUGGAAGUGAUUUAGACAAAAUAAAGCCUUAAAAGGAGAGGAUUAACCAGAAAAGCAGCCAAGAGGCCCCUGAUAACUCUGGAGGAGCUGCAGAGAUUUACAGCUCAGGCUGUCAGUGUGGAGGAUUGCUGCAGGCUGCAAGGCAACUGUGAGAAGUUCCUGGGGGUGCUGAGAAGCAGAGUGGGAGUAGCUGACAGAGAAGGAGAGGACUCGAUCCCUUUCACGUAAAGGAUUUUAAAAAAAGCGCACCUCCUUGUGCAGGAGGCAGCACUUCUGGUAUUGGAAGGACGUCGGAGCUGGCAGGAUGGUUGUUGCGGUGUGGCUGCCUGCAGAGUGGGCCUGGCAGGCAGUUCUUCUGGUGGCUGGACUUGCAUCUCUGAGCUGUAGUUCUGAUGCCAACCUGCUGGACGCCAUGUUACUGGGGAGCGGAUGGAAGGGGGGGUCGAACAGGCCGGUGGAGGACAGCAGCGACACAGCCCCAGUUUUACCUGAGAACUUGCUGCGGUGCCACUGCUCCCCUCAGUGCCCUGAUGGAUCUGUCAACAACACCUGCACGACCAAUGGGUUCUGCUUCACCAUGGUUGAGGAAGUGGAGAGGGGUCAAGCUCAACGCAGCGCAGGUUGUUUGCCAGGCUCUGAAUUUCAGUGCAGAGAUACACAGAAUGCACGCUCCCGGCGAGCCAUCGAGUGUUGCAAGGAUCAUGACUACUGCAACAGAAACCUAAGUCCAAUGAUUCCUCCGCUCGUCACAUCAGAAUAUGUGGACAACAGCAUCCAGUACAUAGCGCCCUUCAUUUCAGUGACGGUUUGCAGCAUCUUCUGUGUGAUUCUUGUGUUCUGCUACUUCAGAUAUAAGCGACAGAGAUCCCGGCCGCCCUACAGUAUCGAUCUCGAGCAGGAUGAGACGUACAUUCCUCCUGGGGAGACUCUCAGGGAUCUGAUAGAGCACUCCCGCAGCGCAGGCUCCGGGUCUGGAUCAGGACUCCCUCUGCUGGUUCAGCGAACCAUCGCCAAGCAGAUUCAGAUGGUUAAACAAAUCGGAAAAGGCAGAUACGGAGAAGUCUGGAUGGGCAAAUGGAGAGGGGAGAGAGUGGCUGUGAAAGUUUUCUUCACAACCGAGGAGGAGAGCUGGUUCAGAGAAACAGAAAUUUAUCAGACCUUCCUGAUGAGGCAUGACAACAUACUGGGAUUCAUCGCAGCCGACAUUAAAGGAACCGGCUCCUGGACUCAGCUCUACCUGAUUACAGACUACCAUGAGAACGGAUCCCUGUACGACUACCUCAAGUCCAACACCUUAGAUGUCAGCAGUUUGCUGAAGCUGGCUUAUUCCUCCAUCUCAGGCCUCUGCCACCUGCACACAGAGAUCUACGGCACACAGGGCAAACCUGCCAUAGCGCACCGAGACCUAAAGAGCAAAAACAUCCUGGUGAAAAAGAAUGGUUUCUGCUGUAUAGCCGACCUGGGACUUGCUGUCAAGUUUAACAGUGACACCAAUGAGGUAGACAUACCUCCUAACCUACGAGUUGGAACCAAACGCUACAUGCCACCUGAAGUGCUGGAUGAGACCCUGAAUAGAACCACCUUCCAGUCCUUCAUCAUGGCCGACAUGUACAGUUUUGGCCUCAUUCUUUGGGAGAUGGCGCGGCGUUGCACCUCUGGAGGUGUUGUUGAAGAGUAUCAGCUUCCAUACCAUGACCUUGUGUCCACCGACCCUUCGUAUGAAGACAUGAGGGAGGUGGUCUGCAUUAAGAAGGAAAGACCUUUGAUUGCAAAUCACUGGAGCAGUGAUGAGUGUCUACGGCAGAUGGGGAAACUGAUGUCGGAGUGCUGGGCUCACAAUCCGGCCAGUCGCCUCACAGCCCUCCGGGUGAAGAAGACCCUGGCGAGGUUGUUGGAGACCCAAGACAUCAAAAUGUGACAGAGUCAAGAGAGAACAUCUCUCUUCUCACCUAAAGACUAGUCACUGCCACUGGCCUCUUAAGCUGACCAAAGGAAGAAAGGGAAAACUAGAGACUAUGAAUGUUCGGACGAAGCACAUUGGUGGAGAGGAGGAGAGCUAAAGGCCACCGUGGAGCCAGGGGGAAUGUCAAGAAAAAGAUUUAGCAGAAGUUUGUACUCAAACUACGAGGUCAGGUUGUGCUUUCUGUGAAAGCGGAGUGUUUACCUGGUGGAAGACUAUCCAUGCGGGGAGUGUCCCGGCAAGAGGGAACAGAAACCCCUCUGAGCAGGAUCCAAGGAGGAAGCCGCAUUGACGCCUUUCCUGAAGCCAUACAGCAGUAUUCUCAGCAGUUUUUUGUGCUGUCACAACUGCCUUAGUGUCUUUGAGUGAUUUUUUUAUUUUCAGGACUUUUGUAAAACUCAUUGCAUGAAGAGUUUAUCUAAAUAGUUCUAAGAAAAGUGGCCUCAUAAUCAAAAUAUUUAUUAUUACUAUUAUUAAUAUUAUUAGAGAAAGUCUACAAUAAUAUUUCCCCCAGAAUCAAUGAUAUCAUUUUUUUUAUUUUGUACGUUUGUUCCUCAUAAUGCAUUUUAUGUUUUUGUUGCAAAAUUAAAUCAAGAACUUAUGAGGUUUCUGA